AUGAUAGUGAUUUGGGGUCGACCUACCAACUCAUCGGAUCCACUGACAGUUUCAGUCGGAUCUUGGUCCAGUUGCGUCUCCUAUUGCUAUAAAUCUUUGUACUGUGUCUUGGCAUUUGGAAACGAUGCUUCGUGUACAAUCUUCAACUUUGGAAGCGUUUAUGAAAUUGAGAAGCUCACUUCCAGCAGCAAUCUUAUGGUGGCUCUGAAAGUGGGUCACUAAUAUCGUUUCAGAUAUCAGAACAUCUUUCUAGACUAGUACUACACAGAGUUCUUGUCCAGUUUUGCCUUCUGACACUUCGCAAGUCACAUUCACUGACCCGGAUUUUCAGUAUACCUUAUUCAGUUACACAAUAACGUAUUCAAAUGACCAAUGGUUCUUCGUUUAUAAUGGUAUCGCUGUACUUGAUUCUGACCCACAAAAAACACAAAUUGUACCUUUAUAGUAAGCCGUUCCUGUCCACCCGACUGGCAAAAGUUUACUCGACCGAAAGGCGACUUUUGUCUCCAACUGUUUGGAAAUUACGCGAAAACGUAUAACCAAACAGAAGCAACCAAUCUGUGUGCAACUCAAAAUGCGACAUUGGCUGGAUUUGAAAGCUCGGAAGAGAGGUUAUUCUGUGAAAGUUUGUUAUUGUAAGGUGACUGUGCUUCAAUGAACGGCUUACAGGUAAAGGCGUCGUCAUUGAUAACGCUGACAGUGCUUACACGGCUGCUGGAUUCUGGAUAUCGGGCACGCGGAAAAAGUCUUGUUACACUCUCGUGAAGGCGAAAACUCCAGAAUGCAAUGGAACUAAUGUAAGCCCAAAAUGAAGUGUUCAAAAACAAAAAAAGAGCAACAUCAAGGCUUUCGAAUUUACCGACCAGUACUUGACAACUAUGGCCGGAUUCCAAUGGGCUCCAAACACGCCGGAUGGAGUGAAUGGCACUGGCAGUUUCCAAAAUUGCAUUCAAAUGUGGACACAGUCACCGCAAGCGAAUCUUUCCGGACUUGUGGAUGAUACUGAGUAAGAAAUUGGACGCCUCGCAACCGUAAUUUCUAUACAAAUCGUUUUUUCUAGAUGUAACUACCGUUCCGGAGGCUAUUUCGCAAUCCGAGGUUAUAUUUGUGGAAAGCCCGCUGGAUAA